UAUUUCCGUCCCAUCUUCAACCCCUCUCCCCUUUUCUUUUCUUUCCCUUCCCUCUCCUCUCCUCUCCUUAUCAGCUCCCUUCUUCGCUUCCAGAGUCCCGUACCGAAAUGCACGCACCCGAAUCCCGAGUAUUAUUCCCCGCCUCCCUGUUCCUCAUGGCAAAGUCCGCACUACAUACAUCGCGAUCUUCAUGUUGUGACUAGCUAGAGCCCCAUCCUCAGUCACUUACUCACUCAGCCUUUCAAUCCUCGAACGCCGAGAAUUAGAUUUAAAUUUUAAUGUUCAAAUCAAUCCAUACCCCAAUCCCCCUUUCCCCCCUCCCCAAGAUCCAAUCUCCAUGUUACUACUACAAUCUACACGCAAGUGCGUUGCGUUUAUUGCCUAUUUCCUUCCUUCCUUCCUUCCUACCUCUCUAUCUAUUAUUAUCUUCUUCUUCUGCUUCUUCCCCCCCUCCCCCCGCUCGCAUAAACGCAAACACAACACACGUCUCAAGCCAGUGCCGCGGUGCCAAAAAAUGUCAGCUCUUCUCUCUUCUGUUCGGGUCUGGAAGUCGCGUUUAUUGGGGUGAGGAAGCCGGAUUGGGAGGAAAAGCACACGUGUGUCAGGGGGAUGGGCGUGGCAGUUGGAGAAUAUAUAUAUAUACAUACCUAUAUAUGUAUGGAAUUUUCUCUUUCUUUCUUUUAAUAAGGCAGUCCUCGUCCUUGAUGGUCCAUGGGAUAAUAUGUGAACGCAGUAAGAGUAAACUAGAUAGCUUCUCAAUACAGUAUAAAUUUGUUUGUGUGUAUGUUACUAGAAUCAAAGCACCAGCUCCCCUUUCAGUUUGAUAUCCAUGAUAAAUUUCCCACCCACCAUAUAUUUAAAUCCACAAAUAAUGCUAUUGCAGUAGAGUAAGUGAGUAAGUGAGUAUAUUCAUUAAUUUCUCAUUCUCUUCUCAUUCUCAUUCAUGCAUUCAUUCAUUCAAUCCGAUUUCGUUCACUUCAUGAACCCU